CUUUUUGAAGUCAAACGUGCUUGUUCUCUUGCAGCUAAGGCCUUUCGGCGACUUGCACAAAUAUUAAAUAAAAUGGCAUCCAAGGCUGAAUUAGCUUGUGUGUACUCCGCUCUCAUCCUUGUCGAUGAUGAUGUCGCCGUUACCGGUGAGAAGAUCUCGACAAUCCUCAAGGCCGCUAACGUGGACGUCGAGCCCUACUGGCCCGGCUUGUUCGCCAAGGCCCUGGAAGGCGUGAACGUCCGCGACCUGAUCACCAACAUCGGAUCAGGAGUGGGAGCCGCCCCGGCUGCCGGCGCCGCCGCCGCGCCCGCCGGUGCCCCCGCGGCCGCCGAGGUCAAGGAAGAGAAGAAGAAGGAGGAGGAACCAGAGGAGUCUGACGACGACCUCGGCUUCGGUCUCUUCGACUAAAGGAAAAGCUUUUACGUUCCAGUAUCUGCUUAAGAAACUUUUAGUUGUAAGAAAAAUAUGACUUA